GACCGACUGUUUUUUUUCGGAAUCGGUUCAGCGUGUGUGCUUUGCAAAAUACAUUCUGUGCUGUGCCGUCGUCACGAGCGGACGGAUAUUCCUCAACUCAAGCAUUUUGAUAGUUUCGAGAGAGAAAUAUCGUUUUUUUUCUUCUUUAGGAUAUCGAAAGUGUUUUGUUGGAAUUGAAAUUCGGUGGAAAAGAAAAGACAAUCUUAUCGUUUUUAUUGAUAGAAGAAAAAACGAUCAAAGAUGGACAUUUGAUUGAAAUAAAAAAGAAAAACAGUGAUUUUGAGUGGAUUGAAAGGAAAAAUAAAAUUCUUCAUUAAUUUCGGGCCAAGACUAAAUUCACUUCAAUUUCGAUAUAUCAUAAAGUGACGUGAAUUUGCUGCUCAGUUGCGUUCGCGAACGCAAUGGAACAACGAAAAAUGCUUCGUUCCACUUGGCGAAGCAAUUUUUGGACAAUCACCGCAAUUUUUGUAAUUUUCUUUAUCGGAUUACAAACCGUUGAACCAAAGAAAAUUUCACAUGACAAUGACAUCAUUUUCGACGACAGUCCGCUGGAUGCAUCAGAAGGUCAACGGUUUCUACACAAACGCAGCGUCGAUGAUCUAGACAAUGAAAAUGAUGAUGAGCAUUGGCUUUGGUCGCGUGUGGAUCGAAUCAAGCGAUCGAUAAACACUGUGUUCGGAAAUGAGGAUGAAGGAACCAAGCUAAAGAGUCGAGUGAAACGCGGAUGGUUUGAUGAUUGGCUUCAAACAGAAGCUCCAACUGGUGAAACAACAACAACAACUACGGAGGCUCCAUUUAAUUUGUUCAAUUGGGGUAGUACGAAUAAUGAUGAAAAGUCAAAGACCGAAGCACCUGAAUCCGAACCGGAUCAACCAGCCGCUAUAAUGAAUCGUGCACAAGCCGACGAUAGUCGAGAUCAGGACGAAGACGAUGACAAUGAUAUUGAGGAUGGUUCGGGUUAUACGAAAAGCACAGAGACCCGAACAGUUUACGAAGUCAAAUUGGAACGAUUUUUCCGUUUGAAAUUCAAGGUCAAUGAGGUGUGGAGUCCAGAUUUUUCGCAAUCCAAUUCGCAUGCAUACAAAUCGAAGGCUGAAGAGAUUCAACGAGCAUUGGAAUAUUUGUACGAUUCAAAGCGGGCUCCCGAAAGCCGAAAUCGAAUUCAUGCUCGUGUUGUUCAGAUUACUCGUUCGUCGCAAUCGGAAAUUUUCAAUAUUGGAGUAACGAUUGAAAUCACGUCAGAUGAAGCGAUUCCAUUGAAUGAGCUUGAAGACAUCAUUGAACCAGCCUUAGAUUCACGUCAAAUUCAGCAUUUGAGAGUGGAACGUGACAACUUUUACGAACUCGUUGCCAUAACAGUUAAUCGCAAACUCAAUCGAUCAAUUCGUUCAAUCAAUGAAACAACAACCGAAUCAAAUGUGGCGCUAACCACGCACAGCCCAAAGGAUGACGACAUUGCAGACGACAUCGACGAUGACAAUGUUUUUGACGACAAAGAUUUUUUUCCCGACACUGACGAACCGUUUAGCUUGAUUUGUGAUGACAUUGAAUUUGAAUGUAAAAGUGAUCACAAAUGCAUCCCAUUGGAUAGCUAUUGCGAUGGAAUUAGUGAUUGCGUUGAUGACAGUGAUGAGUCGUCAUGUGCUACCACACCAGCCAUUCAUUUUUCCAUUGUCACGACCACCGUAGCGACGACAAGCACCGAAAAAUCGACCACCGUUUCACCUGUUGACACCGGAACAACUAAGCAAUUGGAACCGAAUACCACUACGGUAAAACCAACGACAAGCACUGAAAAUCAUUCCAAUACAACAAACACGGAACAAUCAAUGGCAACUACUACAUUGAAGACGACUGUCAAACCCAGCGUUGACAACCGUACUUCGGAAAGUAGUACCGAAAAAUCGACCGAAACGUCCAUUUCGACGACAAGGCCGAAUCUUGAGACAACAAUAUCGGGAAAUGUAUCAACUGAAAAAUCAACAACGAAGAUGCCUUCUACGACUGAGUCUGGUAAAGCACAGUCAAGCACAGAGAAAGUAACGACUACUAUCAAACCAGUCACAACAAAGGCAACCAAGAAAACGACCAAAGCUACAAAAGCCACAAAACCAACGAAAAAGCCGAAAAAACAAACAACUACGCUCAAACCAUCGACAAGUACAAAGAGUAACAUAAACAUGACAACCACAAUUAAAACGACAACGCCAAAACCAAUUGCGACUACAACGAAGACAACAGCGAAAGCAAUUGUUAAAACAACCACGGUAAAGACCACGACAAAAAAGACGACGAAGAAAUCAAAGCCAACGAAAAAAGCGACAAAAAAGCCAAACACAACGACAACGAAAAAGAGUUUAACAACGAAGCCGCCCCCAAUAUCUUCAACAGCCAAACCGAAGCAAGUCAGCACAAGCACAAGCACAACAACAAUGAAAGUAACAACAACAAAAGUUACAACACCUAAGCCAACCACAACGAAGGCUACAAAAACGACGACCAAACCUGCCAAGUCAAUAAAAACGACAAAGACGUCGGAAAAAAUUCAAAUAAAAGCUCCAAAAACUACUCAAAGUACCACGAAGAAACCGGAAAGAGUAACUCAAACAAAGAAACCGGAAAAUACAACUAAAAAGCCUUCUUCAACAACAAAACCAACCACAAUGCCACCAAAAACUGAACGGCCUCAGACAACACAGACCAAAACAAUAGACGCAAAAAAUAAGAAAACUUCAUCGGCUGGUAUGACAAGAAGGGAUGAAUCAAAUAUUCCCCGCCAAAUAACCAAAGAAUCGGAUUUGAAGCGUGAUAAUGAGAUUGAAUUGGUAACCGGUGCGCCCGAUUUUGAUGCGAAUGUGAGCUACGAAGAUGAUGAUAAGGGCGAUAAGGAACCGAGAAAUACAGAUCAAGAUGAGAAGGACAAUGCGGAUUUGGAUUAUAAUGAAAGUACCGACAAUGAUGUUGACGCCGACUUUGCUUCAUCGUCACCGAGAAGCAACCAGGCACCGCAGUGCCGCGGUGAUGAUGUCGUUAGUGAAUGCCGAUACAGUCCAGACAAAAAAAUCUGUGAGUCACAAAAGUGUGACGGUGUUAAUGAUUGUCCUUCGGGUGAAGACGAAGAUCCAGAAUUGUGUAGACGCGAUUGUGAUCAUGACGAAUUUUCAUGCGAUGACUUCCGAUGCAUUUCAAAGUCUCAAUUGUGCGAUGGUAAACAUGACUGUAGCGAUUUAACCGAUGAAGUGAAUUGUCCGUCGAGCACGCACAAACCAGAACAGCAAGAAUGUCUGAUGUUAUCAUCGUCCCGCUUCAUUCGCACAGGAAAUUGAAAUGGGAAACGCAAGUUUUAUUGGAAACUCGCUUCAACUUGUCUCAUUUGCAUCCGGCUUAAGACAGUGCGAUGAUGAUGGCGCUUGAAAGGGACAUGUCAUUUUGAAUCGUAAAAAAUUGAACAAUCGACCAUUAUUUAAAAUCCGACAAGAUCCAGUUGUG